AUAAUUAUGUUCUAAAUAGAAUUUGUUAACCAUAUCUGCAGAUGAAGGCAUUGGAAUCCUGGGCAGAUAUGGAAAGGCAACACUCAUCAGCCAUUUCCAUGACUAAAGAAUGUUUGCAUGCUGUUGUUUGCAAAGUGCCUCUUGUGGAAGGAGCAGAGGUCGACGCACAAUCAGCUUCGAUGGCACUUCGACAUGCAUCCGAACUCACUGCAUCCAUCAAGACGAUGCUAACUGCUUCCUCACCGGGGAUUGAGAAGACCGUGUCAUUAGUUUCUGAACUAGCAGAGGUGGUUGCACAGGAAAAGCUAUUGCUAGAGGAGUGCAUUGAACUUUUCAGGAUGAUUUCUAUCCUAGAAAUUCAGGAGAGGAGCUUAAUGUGCUAUAUUAUUGAACUGAAUUCACAGCUAAGGCAGAUACAAUAA